AUGGGCCUGUAUGGCCCGUGGUCACCCUACGGUCAAACGGGUCGAAUAACGAGGAGAUUAUUCUAUCUUUCUGAUGCAUUAACAAUUUUUUUCUCAAUCGCCUGUCUCUCAUAUGGUGCCUGGUUGGUCCACAAUCGAUCCCAAUAUGCAGAGCUGCUAGAGCCAUCGUUAUAUGUGGAUGUGGGGAGGAUAAUGAUCGUCGUCUCGAUCAUCAGCAUGAUCUUCUCCAUUUAUGCCAUCUACGCCCUUGCAAACGAGCUUCGUUGCGGAAUCUAUUUUUAUGGAAUCGCCUCGUUGGUGACAUUUGUGAUGCUUUUCCUCGGCGGCAUUAUGGGAUUCGUCUUUUGCAAUAAGUUGACAGUCGAGAUUCCUCUCGAUUUGAAGAUGUCAACGUCACUGCGAGAACUCUAUGGAGCGCCUGAGAUGGGAAAAGUGAAAGAAGCUUGGGAUGAGUUGCAGAUAAAUUUUCGUUGUUGUGGAGUGAAUGGAACAGAUGACUAUAUGAUCUGGAGGACAUCAAAAUGGUAUAUGCAUCAGAGGACACAAAAGAUACCCAUCCCAUACUCGUGUUGUUAUCCGGGUGAUUACAACUCGUGUAUCCAAGAAGCGAACGGCUCAGCCACGAAUUCCUCAACAGGAUUCAAAUUUCUGUACACGAGCACAUGCUAUGAACCAUUGAAAGCGGAUCUGUUGAAUGUGGUCGAUGUGGCGGCUUGGAUGCUCGUUGUUAGCAGUGUUGUUCAGGGCAUUCCCGCCGUGUUCGCCAUCUUCUAUGCUCGUCUGAUCAAGAAA